CUUUUACGAGAUUGAGCCCCUCAUAAAUGAGGCUGGCAGUAUGCCGCUCCAGCAGAGUGCCGAGCAUGCUCAUGUUCGUGGGGGUACCACCGUUAUUUGGAGGCACUCAGGGGCUCUCUUUAAGGAUUCAACGUGUCGAGCGAUAUUCAACGUUUGCAGGAGUUUUGGGGCCCAGGCAAGUGGUUCCAGCGAUUGGGGUCGUUGACCUUCACAGCCUUCGGAUAUUUGAAUACCCUCUCGGAGCAUUUCUCGGACACUUGCCUUUAUAAGGCGAUUUCUCUCUGGCAAAGAUGGCUUCGACAGACGGGCGACCCCUACGAGACCUUAUACUCGGCUGUGACCUCAGCGGGUCUCAAUCGUCCAUGAACGCCGCGAACUCUCGUUCGAACAACACGGACUCAAACAACACGGAGCAAAACGUCGAAACCAAGGAGUCGAGCACCCUGCAGCAGACCAAUCUCAACAGAAGUCUGUUUUCCACGACUAAUAGUUUGUCGAGUGGAGUAACGUUAACGCACUCAAUCAUUUUUGUCGAGAACCGUGCUAUCCCUAGCCGUCCAGAGGAGCGCGAACCGGAUCGACUUCCAUCUACCGUCGUACGAGCCACUGGCAGUCCUGAGACCAGAAGGCGGAGAUUGUGGGUCUGUCUCGCUGUUGUCGGUAUUCUUCUCAUAGCAGCUGCCGCAAUUGUGCCCACAGUCGUCCUCACGCAACGAUCCGAGUCGAGCAAGGACAGUUCCGCGGGCACUGCCUUAACAAGCUCUACUUUCCCGCUCAGCUUCAUUGACGCUUUGUCGACGGGCAUCGUCUCUACUCUCUCUACCCUCAUCGAUUUAUCUACUCCGAAAGAAACUCCUUUUCCGACAACGAGCCUGCAACCUGCUACCAGGACUACUUCUGUCCCAGGAAGUACGGAAGCGUCUCCUCCCCCCUCGCAAGACACUACACCACCCAAAACGCAACAGGCAAAAAUCGCCGCCGGCCAAACAUGCACCCGCGACAGCGAGUGCCAGGAGCCAAACAUAUGCCGCACUGUUGGCAGCUCAGCAUUCUGUUGCGAUAGUACCAUUUGGGGCUGCCCCGGUUAUCCAUGUACGAACUGAUAAUAUUAGUUACUUCCACAAGCUUUUCUGGAUAAAGGGCCUCCGCGAGUUGGUGUAGAUUAUAUGCACUUGUAUCUGUAGUUGUUGUAGAAAAUAUACAUUUGUAUGCGU